AUCGACCGGCCCAAAUCGUCAGAUGCAGAGCGUCGGAGUAGGGGAGUUUCACUUUUACCGUAUAAAUAUGCGGAUCGUUCGUUGAUCAGUCAAUCACAGUUCGAUCUUCCUCCUGUGCAUCUACCAAGAACAGCAAUCCAAAAUGAAAUUCUUCAUCUGUGCUCUCGCCCUCGUGGCUUCCGCAUACGCAGCGCCUCAGGCUUACACCAACCAGGCCCAGUACGUCUCCAAGGAAGGAUCGGCGAGGAUCGUGAGCCUGGACUCCGAGCAGAACCCGGACGGUUCCUACAGCUAUAAAUACGAAACCGAAAACGGAAUCGCGGCCGCUGAGACCAGCGUCCCCAAGCCCGCAGGACCCAACGGUGAGCCCGCACCAAGCGUACAGGGUCGAUUCCAGUACACGGCUCCGGAUGGAACACCGGUAGCGAUCGAAUACUUCGCCGACGAAAACGGAUACAACGCACGAGGUGACGUCAUCCCUUCCAGCCCGGCAAUCCCAGAAGCAAUCCUCAAGAGUUUGGCCUGGAACGAGGCUCACCCCGAAGAGGACGAAACCUACAAACCAAACCCGGUUUACGGACGUCAGUGAGCAGCUUCGAGCAUCGCUGCAGUCUCCGUCCGGUUGAUACGUGACUAUCAUCGACGCGCACACGGACGACGAGCAUCACGACUGAAAAUUAUAACAACGCUGCAACCACGAUCGUAUAUAGGAAAACAAAAAAAAGGAAAAAAAAACAAUAAAAAAUUAUUAUUCAAUACGUGAAUGAAUACAAUCAAAAGAAAA